CCGGCACCCAAUUACCACCACCCUCCUCAAGGCUUCCCUCCAGCAACUUGGUUCCCGGCACCGGGCAAAGUUCCAGCCCGCGAGGACGCGGCCACCCGAGCAAGCGCCCCUUCUCGGCUCUCGAGCCAGCGCGCAAAGCCUGGCGAUUUGCGGCGGCAGAUUCGCGGCAGACCCUCCCGGCGCUUUGCUCUUGCGGGCGCUUCCUCGCCAAGGGGGAGCUCAGGCGGAGCGCUGUGGGGCUUUUGUCGAAGCGAGCCCGCCAAAUCGAAGCCGGGCUGGGAAGGCUGAGGAGCCGAGCGCUGGGCCCAGCCGCCUCUGUGGCGAAAGUGCGGUUGCCAGGACGCCGCUUUACCCAGCGGCCUCCCCACGCAGGAGCCGCUGCUGCCGCUUCUCCAGCCGCCGCCGCCGCCGCCGGAGCCUUCACCUCCAUUGUCCGGGCCGGGUUGGGCCCAUGGGCCCCGCCGCCGCGGGAGUCGCCCUGCAGCCGCAGCGCCUCAGCCGGCCCGGGGCUUGAGACGCGCUCGAGCCGAGAAACACCAUGGGGGUGGACUUCGACGUGAAGACUUUCUGCCACAAUCUGCGGGCGACCAAGCCACCCUACGAAUGUCCUGUGGACACCUGCCGCAAAAUCUACAAGAGCUACAGCGGCAUCGAGUACCAUCUCUACCACUACGACCAUGACAAUCCACCGCCCCCCCAGAACACCCCUCUGCGCAAGCACAAAAAGAAGGGCCGGCACGGCCGUGCGACCAACAAGCAGUCGCCCAGCCCCUCCGAGACUUCGCAGUCCCCAGGGCGGGACGUCAUGACUUACGCGCAAGCUCAGCGCAUGGUAGAGGUGGACCUGCACGGUCGCGUGCACCGCAUCAGCAUUUUCGAUAACUUGGAUGUGGUGUCCGAGGACGACGAGGCUCCCGAAGAGGCCCCGGAGAACAACAGCAACAAGGAGAACACCGAAACGCCGUCGGUGGCUCCCAAAGCCGGCAAGCACAAGAACAAGGAGAAACGCAAGGAUUCCAACCAUCACCAUCACCACCACCACCACAGUGCCUCAGCUGGCAACACACCGAAGCUUCCCGAGGCUGUGUACCGAGAACUGGACCAGGACACCCCCGACGCCCCACCUCGCCCCACCUCCUACUACAGGGUGGCUUCUGACUGCACCUUGUUCCGGUUUGGUUGGAGACCAAGAUACAUUGAGAAGUCGGCAGAAGAGCUGGAUGAGGAGGUUGAGUAUGACAUGGACGAGGAAGAUUACAUUUGGUUGGACAUUAUGAACGAACGUCGGAAGACAGAAGGUGUCAGCCCUAUUCCUCAAGAGAUCUUUGAAUAUCUAAUGGACCGGCUGGAGAAGGAGUCCUACUUUGAGAGUCACAACAAAGGUGACCCAAACGCCUUGGUAGAUGAAGAUGCCGUCUGCUGCAUUUGCAAUGACGGGGAGUGUCAGAACAGUAACGUCAUCCUUUUUUGUGACAUGUGUAACUUGGCCGUGCACCAGGAAUGCUAUGGGGUCCCUUACAUCCCAGAAGGCCAGUGGCUCUGCCGCCGCUGCUUGCAGUCACCUUCCAGGGCUGUGGACUGCGCCCUGUGUCCAAACAAAGGGGGCGCCUUCAAACAGACAGACGAUGGUCGUUGGGCCCAUGUGGUGUGUGCCCUCUGGAUCCCAGAGGUCUGUUUUGCGAACACGGUGUUCCUGGAGCCCAUAGACAGCAUAGAACACAUCCCACCAGCUCGCUGGAAGCUGACCUGCUACAUCUGCAAACAGCGAGGCUCUGGGGCCUGCAUACAGUGUCACAAAGCUAACUGCUACACGGCCUUCCACGUGACUUGUGCUCAGCAGGCUGGGCUCUACAUGAAAAUGGAGCCGGUCCGAGAAACGGGGGCCAACGGCACUUCGUUUAGCGUCCGGAAGACAGCUUACUGUGAUAUUCACACGCCACCUGGCUCAAUGCGACGCUUGCCCGCCCUCUCCCAUAGCGAAGGGGAGGAGGAGGAAGAGGAGGAAGAGGAGGAUGGGAAAAGCUGGAGCUCAGAGAAGGUGAAAAGGGCCAAGGCUAAAUCCCGGAUCAAAAUGAAGAAGGCAAGGAAAAUUCUGGCUGAAAAGAGAGCAGCUGCCCCAGUGGUAUCAGUGCCAUGCAUACCUCCCCACAGGCUUAGUAAGAUCACCAACCGCUUGACCCUUCAGCGAAAAAGCCAGUUCAUGCAGAGGUUGCACAGUUAUUGGACUCUGAAGAGGCAAUCCCGCAAUGGGGUCCCCUUGUUGCGCCGGCUCCAAACGCACUUGCAGUCACACAGGAACUGUGAGCAAGGAAGGCCAGCUCCUCCUCCUCCCGUGUCCAAGACUGAGCAGCCUGGCAUUUGGCAGGGAUGCCCCUUCCUCUCACAGACUCUGAUGUUCCUGCAGCGAGAUAACACAGAGGAUAAGAACUGGGCCCUGAAAGAGCAGCUGAAGUCCUGGCAGCGCCUCCGCCACGACCUGGAACGAGCGCGCUUGCUGGUGGAGUUAAUUCGCAAGCGGGAGAAGCUCAAGAGAGAGACGAUUAAAAUCCAGCAAGUGGCUCUGGAGAUGCAGCUGACUCCCUUCCUCAUCCUCCUGCGCCGGACCCUCGAGCAGCUCCAGGAAAAGGACACGGGCAACAUCUUCAGCCAGCCGGUCCCGCUGUCUGAGGUAACAGAACUCUACGAAGUCCCAGACUACCUGGACCACAUCAAGAAACCGAUGGACUUCUACACAAUGAAGCAGAAGCUGGAGGCCUAUCGUUACCUGAACCUGGAUGAGUUUGAGGAGGACUUCAAUCUGAUAGUCACCAACUGCUUGAAGUACAAUGCCAAAGAUACCAUCUUCUAUCGGGCAGCUGUUCGGUUGCGGGAACAAGGGGGCUCGGUGCUGCGACAGGCACGCCGGCAGGCUGAGAAGAUGGGGAUUGACUUUGAGACCGGCAUGCACUUCCCCAUGGCUGGAGAGGAGGCUCCUCUGCGGAGCACCGAGAAUGAUGAGGAGCGGCUGCUGCUGUCCGAGAACCAGAAGCACCUGCCUCCGGAAGACCAGCUGAACCUCCUGCUCGAGCGUCUGGCCGAGGUGAGCGCCGGGAAGCAAAGCGUGAGCCGCUGCCGGCAAACCAAGAUGAUCAAGAAGGAGAUCACCGCCUUGCGGCGCAAGCUGGCACACCAGCGGGAGACAGGGAGGGAUGGGCACGGCCCCUUGGCCCGCAUCAUUCUGCCGACCCAUAACCCCUGCGAGAAGGACGCUCAAACCGACAGCGCCGCUGAGGAGAGCAGCAGCCAAGAAACCAGCAAAGGCCUUGGCCCCAAUUCCUCCUCCACCCCAGCACACGAAGUCGGCCGGAGAACAUCGGUGCUCUUCUCCAAGAAGAAUCCCAAAACCGCUGUGGCCCCCAAGCGUCCUGGGCGCCCCCCCAAGAAUCGCGACAGUCAGAUGGCUCCAGGUCAUGGGAACAGCCCCGUGGGGCCGCCUCAGCUCCCCAUCAUGGGAUCCCAGCGGCAGCGGAAGCGGGUGAGGAGCCCACGCCCCAGCUCCAGCUCCGACAGCGACAGCGACAAGUCAGCUGAGGAUGCGCCGAUUGACCUGCCAGCUAAUGGUUUCAGCAGCGGCAGCCAGCCGGUCAAGAAGAGUUUCCUUGUCUACCGCAGUGGCUACAACCUCCCACGCAGCAGCUCGGAUUCAGAGUCCAGCAGCACCAGCAGCAGCAGUGCAGCUUCCGAUCGCACCAGCACUACUCCUUCCAAGCAAGGUAGAGGGAAGCCCUCUUUCUCCCGGGUAAACUUCCCAGAGGACAGCAGCGAAGACACGUCAGGGACAGAAAACGAGUCCUAUUCGGUGGGAACCGGCCGAGGUGUGGGCCACGGCAUGGUCCGGAAGAGUAUCAGCCGAUCAGCUGGCUGGCUCUCUGAGGAUGAGGAUUCUCCGUUGGAUGCCUUGGACCUAGUAUGGGCCAAAUGCCGGGGUUACCCAUCUUAUCCAGCUCUGAUCAUUGAUCCGAAGAUGCCCCGGGAAGGGAUGUUCCACCACGGCGUCCCCAUUCCUGUGCCUCCCUUGGAGGUAUUGAAGCUGGGAGAGCAAAUGACUCAGGAAGCACGGGAGCAUCUCUACCUGGUCCUCUUCUUCGACAACAAGCGCACCUGGCAGUGGCUGCCCCGCACCAAACUCGUGCCCCUGGGCGUGAACCAGGACUUGGAUAAGGAGAAGAUGCUAGAAGGCCGCAAGUCCAACAUCCGCAAGUCUGUCCAGAUUGCCUAUCACCGGGCCAUGCAGCACCGGAACAAAGUGCAAGGAGAGCAGACCAGCGACUCCAGCGAGAGUGACUGACCCUCCGAGGGGCUCCCGCCCUGGGUGCUCACUCAGUGCAGCUGGACUGUACGGGAGAAGGGAGCAGGGAGCUCCAGCCUUGGGAAGCCUGGCUGCGGGAACAUGCGCAGAGCACCCAACAGCCCCUCCAGUGUGCUGGGCACACCCACAGAGCACUAUGCCCUCCACGUGGGCAAGCCUACCUCUUGUGCCAGCCUGCCCUUCCUUGUUCCAUGCCUGGAAUUGCCCUGACCAGCUGCACGAGCAAUACCCAGCUGCCUGUAUAGCUCCUAGGGGCAGCACCCUGUCUGGGUCCUAAGGCUCUAGACCUUUGUAAGAUACUGUAUAAUAGUGGGAGAAUGUAAAUUAUUUGGGCUGCUCCAUACACAUACCCCUCCCAACAUACAGAGUCUGGCCCAUUUCCCUGCAUCAUAGCACCUGUCCAGAUCCAUCAGCCUUUCCUCGGCCCAGCCCUACCGACACUCUGCAGGGCAGGGCCGCCAUCUUCUCACUUGCACAUUUUGAUACUAUAGCUUUUUGGAAUCUGACUCUGCCUGACCCCCCCCUCUCCCUCCCCCUUGUAGAAACCCGGCUCUUUCUGCUGCAGCCGGGUGGGCAUUUGUACUUGUAUUUAUUUUGGAGAAAGAAGAUCUCUAUUGAUUCUUAGAAAAUAAAAUGGCUCUUUUGGAACCAA